CCUCCUCCCUCCCUCCCCUUUUACUGCUGCUGCUGGCCGAGAGAGAGAGUCUACACGAUCCGCUUGGCGGGUGUGCUUCCGUAUCUCUUUUCUACUCGUUCUGCCUUCGUGUGCGUGUGGAUGUGCCAGCAGAGACAGCAGCCAUCCCGAACCCCAACGCGUGUGUGUUGCCCAGUGUGAAAUUGUCGGUUAGUUUCUCAGACGAAACCAGUUGGAAGAGAAAAUCAGAAGCCCCCCUCCAUCGAAGCUGUAAUAAAUAAGACACAAGUUGAUUGAUUUUGUCGCUCUGCAAAAGUUUGAAAGACUAAACGCAAAUUUCGUGCUGAAAUUAAAAAAAGGAACCGGGGCGAACUGGGCAAAAGUCUCUGUGCAAUUCAAUGACUGAGUGAUAAGGUGCGCCACUCCCCUUUCAACUCUUCUCCUCCGCUUGGCAGAGAGUUUGGCGUUGUCGUGCAAUCGACUAGUACACCGCGAUUUCUUCUUUCUCCUCAAAACUCGAAUGUCUGGAUGAACCGGAGAUUAUUCAUCGGCAAAACCGUUUAACGACAACUACGACGACCAUUCUUUUGAUUCAAUUUCGGCCAUCCAACCCCCCAGUUUUGAUUUGUCACAGUUGAUGAUUUUUCGCUUCGAAAUGGAUGCCCAUCAAACACCUACCAGCUAAAUUGUGUGUGUGUGUGUGUGUUCUUUUGAGUGUCCCCCGAAAAAAUUUGUGUGUGGCGGUCGAUUGUGCUAGAUUUUCUAGCCACGCCCUGUGUGCACCGGGAAAACAUUGGGUACAUUUUCUCCUUUUAAAAAUUUUAAAAGCGUUUGUGAUCAUGCGAAUCGUGUUCAAUCCGGCGACACGUCGAUUCUGACACCAUCUGAUUUGCUGCUGGGCCGUGUCGAAUCCGGAUCGUCCGUCCCCUUUUUUUUUAUUAUUAUUUUUUUAAAUUUGGCCAUUUUUUCUCUGUCGCCAACGUUGUGUGUGUUUUUAAGCAAUCGCCCACGUUUUUGGCCUCUGCGCUGAUUCUUCCCCUCCCCACCCCGCCUUAGCGUGCCAGUAUGAAUGAGUUAGAUAGCUUACGACAAGAAGCCGAAGCUCUGAAGAAUGCCAUUCGGGACGCGAGGAAAUCCGCCUGCGACACGACGCUGGUCCAGGCGACGGCCAACAUGGAGGCGAUUGGUCGAAUCCAGAUGCGGACCAGGCGGACUUUACGUGGUCAUUUGGCCAAAAUCUACGCCAUGCAUUGGGGCACGGAUUCUAGAAAUUUAGUCUCGGCAUCUCAGGAUGGCAAACUAAUUGUAUGGGAUUCAUACACGACAAACAAAGUGCACGCCAUACCUCUUCGUUCCAGUUGGGUGAUGACAUGCGCCUAUGCUCCAUCUGGGAAUUACGUCGCCUGUGGCGGCUUGGACAAUAUCUGCUCAAUAUACAGCCUGAAAACACGCGAAGGCAACGUUCGAGUCAGCCGGGAAUUGCCGGGACACACGGGCUAUCUGAGCUGCUGCCGUUUCCUCGAUGACAACCAAAUUGUCACCAGCUCUGGAGAUAUGACCUGUGCUCUGUGGGACAUCGAAACGGGACAGCAAACAACAUCUUUUACUGGACACACUGGCGACGUCAUGUCUCUCUCCCUUUCGCCCGAUAUGCGCACAUUUGUAUCUGGAGCUUGUGAUGCCUCCGCUAAGCUUUGGGACGUUCGCGACGGAAUGUGUCGCCAGACUUUCUCUGGUCACGAGUCAGACAUUAACGCGAUAGGGUUUUUCCCCAACGGUUACGCUUUCGCAACUGGAUCGGAUGACGCCACUUGUCGUUUGUUUGACAUCCGAGCCGACCAAGAGCUGGCCAUGUAUUCGCACGACAACAUCAUAUGCGGCAUCACAUCUGUUGCGUUUUCCAAAUCUGGUCGUCUCCUAUUGGCUGGCUACGACGAUUUCAAUUGCAACGUGUGGGACUCUAUGAGGACAGAACGAGCAGGUGUGUUAGCAGGUCACGACAACCGCGUCAGUUGUUUGGGCGUUACAGAAGAUGGCAUGGCCGUGGCCACCGGAUCAUGGGAUAGUUUCCUGAAAAUUUGGAACUAAAAAACUGUCCCGCUUUCGUGCAAAACAACCGCGUUGCGGCCUCACACCACGUUGCUAUCGAACGCAGUUUCUAAUUUAUUGACACCUACUUGACGCACACAGCCGGAGAGAAGAGCAUGAUCCAUCAUAGAAGUCGCGGGAAAAAAACAAAAGCAAAACCAAAACAAUUCCCUAACCCCAACCCACUUUCAGCCAUCUUUUAGCCAAGGAAAUGCCCCGAAGAGAAAAAAUCAACCACCCAAAAGACGGACGGAUGAAAUACCAAAAUGAACCGCGUAUAUGUUAUCUCAAUUCGAGUCCUUCGUUCUCGAUGUGGCAGAGACACAAAACACAGUGAUUCAGUAGUUCCAAAUUGUGACUCCUGUUGACGCCUCGUUCAGUUUAGUAACUCCCCACACACAUCUUCUGCGUUUUCAGUCUUGUCUUUUUUUUAUUUUAUUUUUUUUUUGUGGUCAAUUCUUCCCUGAUCGACGCAUCAGUCGACGAGUAUUUGUCCCUCCCCCCCUCUCUCCCACAGAAAGCUGUUGUAUGGAAAGAUGAUUGCCUUCCUUCACCCCGCACCACCUACCCAUCAAACAUUGCUCUUUUUUUUUUUGAAAAGGCUUUUUUCUUGGCCUCCGGAUGCCACAACUCCUUGGAUUUUUUGGGUCGAUUUACAACUGAAAAAGCCAACCAUUUGAAACAGAAGCGCAGAAAACAAAUGAAAAUAGUAGCACAAACAAGUUGUCAGCUGGGGCGUAAUGUUUCGCACAAUGUCGCUCUCUCUCUCCUUUCGUCGCCCGACCUCCCCUCCCCAGUCCGCCCUGUUUUUUUCUAUUUCGGUUUCACCACCCAGGCUUAAAUGAAUUCUUUCAUUCAUCCGCCAUUUCCUCCAUGCGUAGACUCGAUAGAGGACGCGUCGCUUCGUUCGUGCAGGAUGUGUCUAGUCAACACCAUCAUUCAUAAAACUUUUUUAUCUAGCUUGUUUAAUGGGUUUUUCCGCACCUUUUUCUUUUUCUGAGUUCCCACCUUGGCUAUAAAUAUUUGUUUUUUUUUUUCUCAUUUUUCAUGGGGGGAGGGGUGGGGGGUUGGCUAAAUUUUUGGUUCUCCUCCAUUAAUUUUCUUUUUUUUUUCGAAACUCGUUCCUCUCCAUACAAUCUCUCCCCAACAUUGUCAUUAAUUAACAUGUUUAAAGAGAAACGCUUCAGAGUUUCAAUUCGUCAGUGCCGAGUUUUAUUACAUGAAUCGGGAGGGAAGGGGGACAAAAAAAAAGCGGUUCAAUGAAUUUCUGCCCUAAUUUGUUUCGUCAAAAUCUCAUCGUGAAAAAAAAAAAAGAAAGAAAAGAAAACGACGAGUUCGCUUUGGGACCACAGGCACAGCGGACUGGUUUGAGAUGUUAUCCUUCCAUUUUACUUAGUGGUUUUUCAAAGAAAAUGACUAUCAUCCAAUUUCCCGCAUCGGAAACAGAACACACAAGUCUGAUUUCGUUCAACUAACGUUCGCGAAGAGAGUAGGAAGUUAAUCUUAAGCUAUUUCAUGCGCACAGAAAAAUUUCGUUUUUCUUUUUUUUUUUUAUUUGUUGGCUAGAUUUUUCAUUUCCUCAAUUCAAAAAGAAAUCGUCAGCUCUCCGCCGUCGACAUGGCAACACAAAGCGUUUAUGUAAGGUCCUUUUCUUUUUUUUAAAAACUUCCUCUUUUGGGUUUUCUCCCCACUUUUUUUCUUUCCGAAUGUCCCCAACUAGAUGAAGAAUAAUGCGAAUGUGGAAGGCGAGGGUUAAAACAAAAAAAAAAAUUCUCUGUGUAGUUGAGUCAUUCAGCUUUUAUUACCAUGCGGUAUCAUCCGAAUAGGAAUCGAAACAAAAAGCGCAAAAGCCCAAAAAAUACAAAACACAAAAAAACAUAAAACACAAAACAAAAGGAAAAAAAAAAAUUGAGAUAACAAUAAAAAAAAAAAAGGCCAGCGUCUACAACUGCCCAAUGACCGGACCACCUUUGACGGGGACUGGGAAAGAAGCUGUACAGUAGAAGUGGAAUAUUGUCUUUGUUAUGUUGGUUUCCGUGAGGCAGUUUUUUCUUUUUUAUUUUCCCCCCUAUUUUUUAAAAAAAGCGUGAAUCUGCAGUCCAGGUGCGGUGUUAGCUAAUCGCACAAAUGCUAGCACCGCAUCUGCCAUGUCGGAAAGAAUUCGCAGCGUUAUAUCUCCCCCCAUCCCCAUCCCCCCAAUUGAUGGCAAGCCAAGUUAGACUAAAGUGUUGGUGCCGGACUAGUCGCGCGACUCUGUAGCCGCCCACCAAUGCUCAAAGUCGUGCUCGGGCUCAGGACUACUCCGUCGCAAGACUUUCGAGCUAACUUGGGAUUGCGUGUGUUUGGACUUUGGAUUUCUUCUCGAAUCCCCCCCUUUUAUGGCAAAAUGUGUGUUCGUCCCGCCCCCCACUUCUGACCCACCACCUCUCCCCCCAAUUUUUGCUUCAACAGUAUAUCGGUAGAUUUAACCAGCUCUUAUUCAUUCGGUUCCCUGCGUUACGUUCCCUGACCCCCUCCCCCCCAUCUCCAUAUUGCCCAUUCAAUUUCUUUUGUUCUCCCAGAGAACGUGAACCACGACACGAACAUUUUGAGGGGUUGUACAGUUUCCUGCCCUGCUACAUCCCCGCGUUGGCCGGUUUUCGUAUUUACAUGAUAUCCUCACUCCUUUCAUUUUUUCUUUUUCUUCUUUCCAAUUUUUCAUUUUUUCUCUUCCUUUCUAUCUUGCUAUCUCUUCAACCUUUAGAACCGAACAACUUGAUUGAAUGAUUUUUUUCUCUUUUCACAUUCUCGGACAUUCAUUAAGAAAAACCGUUGAUGAUCGAGUCGAUGCUUCAAAUCAAUUUUUUUUUGUGUGUCCUAAUUCAUUCUUGGUUGUUUAUCUCGUGUGUAACGUUUAAAGGAACAAAAAGAAAACAACAAAAGGAACACAAAACAUCUUUUUUUGUGUCAAGUGUAGAUGUCACAUCUGAUUUCUAAUCAAAGACGAUGAAAUUCCCUGCAUUUUUUUUUUUAAAUCUACAAACACAAAAAAACAUCCGCUAUUUGAUAGUUGCAAAAAUUGUUGCACUUUACGGAGUAGUGGAGUGGGAGCAAUGGAAGGGAGAAUCCUAUUGCAGGCGGGGGCGGUAAUUCCCGAGGAAAGUAAUCUAUGAGGACACGAGGGGAGAAAACACUAAUUAGAUUCCCAUGCUAUCGUCGUGUUGUGCUCUCCUUUAUUUAAAUUCACACUACAUAUAUUUUUUUUUUGUCAAUGGCACUCACUGCGUUUUGAGUUAUUCGUUCGCGCGUUCGGUAAACGUCAGAAACAUUUUUUUAUUUGGCAAAUGCGUCGCAAUUUUUUUUUAAACAAAUUUUUCUUCUUCAUUCAAAUUUCUAUUAUUUCAUCUCAUGUCGUUCUGUUCUUGCCCUCCCCCCCCCAUUUCAGUUAUUUCCUCAAUUGAGCUACGAGGCAAGGGUUAAAAAAAAACGCAAAACACGUAUAGCUUUUCAAAGUCUUGUUUGUGAUUCGUCUCCGACUUGUCCAAUAAAGCUAUUUGUCAUUCAAAA